AUGACUGAAAAAGGCAUCCUUCCAAAUAUUUACACCUACACCUCCUUGAUUCAUAGUCUAUGCAACUUUGGACGUGAGAACGAGGCUGCAAGAAUGUUGAGAGAUAUGGAGGAACAAGGAAUCUUUCCUGGGGUGCAUAUAUUUACAAUCUUGGUAAAUACCUUUUGCAAGAAAGGAUCUGUAAAAGAUGCUGAAAAUGUCGUGCAAUCCAUGGUUCAAAGAGGUGUGGAUCCGAAUGUAGUCACUUAUAGUGCACUAAUUGAUGGAUAUUGUUUACGUGGUGAAGUAGAGGAAGCUCAUAAAGUUCUUGAUCGAAUGGUGGAAAGAGAUCUUGUACCUAAUAUUGUCACUUAUGGAAGCUUGAUAAAUGGGUAUUGCAAAAAGAAACAAAUCAAUGAGGCCAUGAAACUUUUUCAAGAAAUCCAAAACAAGGGUUUGAUUCCUAAUGUUGUUACUUACAAUAGUAUUCUACAAGGUUUGUUUCAUACGGGUAAUUGUAAAAUGGGUAGGGAAUUCUUUAAUGAGAUGCAAAUGAAGGGCAAGACUCCUGAUAUAUGCACUUAUAGAAUCUUGUUCCAUGGAAUGUGCAAGAACUUUGAGUGUUCUGAUGCGUUGGAUCUUUUUCAUUCUAUGGGAAGAUCAAGGUGUGAAUUGAUGAAAGAUGUUGCUUUGUAUAAUAUUUUGAUUGAUGGUUGUAGUAAAUGUGGGAAAUUGGAUUUGGCAAUGGAUUUGUUUGAUGAAAUUUCUUUGAAAGGAUUGAAGCUAAAUGUUUGGAGUUAUACGAUCAUGAUACGUGUACAUUGCCAAAAAGGUUUAUUUGUUGAAGCGAAAGAAAUGCUUAUGAAAAUGGAAGAGAAUGGUUGUUUGCCAAAUAGUGUGACGUAUAAUGUUAUAAUUCAAGAGUUUUUGAAGCAAAAUGAAUGUAGAGAAACUGAGGUUCUUUUGGAGGAAAUGGUUAACAAAGGUUUCUCCCCUGAUGCUACUACUUUUUCCAUGUUACUAAGCUUAAUCCCGAAGGUGGGCCAAGAUUCUCCUAUGCUUGCUAUUCUGAAGCUCAAAGGCAUUAAAAGGAGAGAUGAUAUAUAA